ACAACGUCUAAUCGCUUGUAGUUACCGCUGUUAUCAAAUAAACGAUAAGCAAAACGCGCUGAUAACUCGAAUUAGCAAUCAACGUUAACAAUUUGCGGCAAUAAUGUUAAACUAUUGUCUAGGCUGCCUCAGUUCGUCUUCUACCAGCAGUCCAGGCAGCUGCUGCUCUGGGCCCUGACAUCCUUAGCGCAGUUACGCAGGCAUCGCAUAUAUCCAGCCGGCGAGAUGCGUGAUCAGAGCUCCGAGUGUUGCUGCCAGCCCAUGCUGGAUGAGUUUCAGUUGACCAAGUUCUCGUUGCAGCAUGAUGAGCCAGCGGACUUCUGUCGCUCGCAGUGGCAGCGUGGAAAGCGUUGCGUUGCUUGGCUGAUUUACCGUUGGAUUCUUACCGCGUUCUUCGCUGGCGGUGUUAUUGGCAGUUUGGUGGAUUCCUUCACGGGUGGACACUGGUUCAUAUAUUUAACAGACUGGGGCUUCACUUUGUGUUUGUAUGCGUGUCUUUAUGGCGCAGUCAUCACCACCAUUUAUUUUGUGAAUCCCAACUAUUUUGCUAACGGCAGUUGGGCACUGAAGAUCUAUUGGCUUUCCCAUUUUACUACCACAGUGCUGGCCCUGAUGAUAACCCUAGUAUUUUGGACUGCUCUCUAUCCAAGCAUGUCUGAUGGUCCUGUCGGUCUUUACAACCUCUGGGCGCAUGCCUUUAAUUCCAUUUGCAUGCUGUAUGAUUGCUUUAUGGUCGCCUUUCCCACCAGAUUGAUGCACUUUAUUUAUCCGCUCUUAGUGGGUCUCAUCUAUGGGUUCUUCUCCUUAUUCUAUUUUUUGGCUGGCGGCACCGACUUCUUUGGUAAUCGCUAUAUAUAUUUCAUUCUGGAUUGGCAGCAACCGGGAUUGGCCAUUGCGAGCGUGUGCGGCUGCAUAGUUAUUGCUCUUUUAUUUUGUGUUUUGGUUUUCUGGAUUUAUAGAUUUAGAAGUUGGCUGCAUGAACGGUGUGUGAAGCCGAAAGCAAUUGAGAUAUUAGAAACACGAUCGGCUGAAAAUACGGAAAGUAGAGAAACUGUUUAAGCUAUCUUUGCUAUUUGUUUAAAAGUCAAUUGUUAAUCUAAUCAAUUAUAGCUUUAAAAUCGUCAUCAGUUCUGUUUCCGAUAAAUUUGUUCUUUUUACGAGGAAUAAAAAUCAUACGAACAAAUAUAUUGUAAC